GCAAAUAAACCACAAGUACAUGGCAAAAGCGGCAGUGUUAUUGAGACCAACAGCAAAAGAUGAUUUAAAAACAAAUAAAGUUAAAAAAAACAUAGUACAACAAAUAACAAUUUCACGAAACAACCAUGAGCUUCUCAGAAAACACCUCCGAUUCGGAAUGGAAGGCGGCCAAGGUGAAGGUGCACAGGACCAUCAAGCAAUCCUCCAAGAGGGAGAAGGAGCACAGGUCCCCCAAGCCCAAGUACAACCAGAAGUUCUGCGAGAAGUGGCUCAAGAUCUUCGAGCCGUGGCUGCGACGUGCGGCCGAGGAUCCCAGCAAGCCCUUCUGUCGCGCCUGCCAGUGCGCCAUGGACAGCAAUCGCUGCCACCUCGUGCGCCACGAGCGGACCACCAAGCACAAGCGCAACCUGCAGGCCCUGCUCACCAAGGGCGAGGGGGCUGUGGUCCAGGAGUUCAAGAUCCGCCAGAAGCGCAGCAAGUACUAUCACCAGCGGAAGUCGGCCAUGCAGCGGGAGAAAGAAGUGGAGGAGGAGCCGCGGGUGGAAAGCCCGGGCCUAAAGCCCACUCCGGAAGAUGCUGUGCCCAUGGUUAUCCUUGCAGAGCCUAACUCCCCCUCUUCAGCCAUCGAGCAGGUAACGGUGCCUAAGCAAGAGCUUCUUUCGGAGACGGAGGCCCCCACAAAGGGGGCUGAACUCUCAUCCAGCCUGCCUAGACGGAGUGAGUCCUCCUCCGUCGCCUCCAACCAAGAGGGCCUCAAGUUACUCAUGCAGAUUCAUCAGGACAAGAACGAGCUGAUGGACUCCUUCCGCGAGCUGAUGGGCAGCCAAAGAGCACUGAAUCAAACACCGCCGCCCAAGGAGAAGAACCAUAUCGACCUAUUUUUUGAGAGUGUCAGUUCCAGUGUAAAGGCUCUGUCCCCUAAGUUGGUGGCCGAGGCCAAGAUGCGGGUGUCGCAACUGAUCUGCGAACUGGAGCUGCGCGGCCUCAGCGAGAACAGUCCCAAGGAGGCGAUGCAGCAGCCUAGUUUUAGCGGAAUAAGUUGAGCGAGUCAAUCAGUCUUAUGACUGAUUUUUGUACAUAAUUAAAUACAUUAUUUAAAUACCAAGUGUAUUUUCUGUAAAAAAAUAAAUCAUACUACAAGCGUUACCUUUAUAUUAAGCUAAAUAAAA